AUGGGUAUGUCAAACACUGAAGAGUUACAUUUCAUUGGAUUGGAUGAAGAUUUAUGUAUGCAGAAUUUCAACAAAGCACUUCAUUCUUUGAUUUCUGGUCCUACACCACCACAACGUUAUGCAGCUAGCAUCAUGGUGUGUACAAGUCCAACAAAGAAAAGAGAAAAGAAUAUGAUAGAGGUGAGAGUUCCAAAUCUUGAUUGUGAAGGAUGUGCUUCAAAACUAAAGAAAGCUCUCUUCAAGCUCAAAGGGGUAGAUGAGGUAGAAGUUGAAAUGGAAUCUCAAAAAAUAACAGUGAGGGGCUAUGGCUUGGAGGAAAAGAAGGUUCUCAAGGCAAUCAAACGUGCAGGGAAAGUAGCAGAACCAUGGCCAUUUCCAGGGCAUGCUCAUUUUUCCUCAUUUUACAAGUACCCUAGUUACAUUGUUAACCAUUACUAUGAUGCAUACAAAAGUGAAGCAACCAAUGGAGUCCAUACUUUCUUCCACACCCCUGCAGUGUACUCAGUUGCUGUGGCAUCUGAUGAAGCCUUUGCUUCUCUCUUCAGUGAUGAUAACCCCCAUGCUUGCACUAUAAUGUAA